AUGUGGGCACCAGAAGAAGAUUAUAAACAACCAUUAUUAAAUGGUAAUAACAGUAGAGUACCAACUAAUGGUAGUGGAAAAUAUAGUGGUAGACACCAACCAGAACACAGUUCAAGAAAAUGUAAUGAUAUUUUAUUCGCAAUUUUAUUUUUAGGUGUCAUUGGUGGUAUGAUUGCAAUUUCUGCGAUCGCCUAUUCAAAAGGUGACCCAUCUAAAUUAGUUCCAAGAACACCAUUCGAUAGCAGCAAUUCUUCAUCAGAAACUGAAACAGAAAAAUACGUUAUUUCUCAUUUAGAAAGUUUAGUUGCAGAGUUAAGAAGAGAUCAAGAUAUUUUAAUUUAUAGUGCACUUUUAGCCAUUGCCUUGGGUGCUCUUUGGAUUCAACUAUUAAAAUCUUUCACUAGAUUCUUUAUUUAUUUCACUUUAUGUAUCGGUGUUGCAUUAGUUGCUGCAUUAGGUAUUAUGUUUAUUUCAUUAGGUAGAAAAGAAAGUAGCGAAAGUACCCAAAUUGUUGGAUAUUGUUUAUGUGCUUGCACAUUGUUAUUGGUUAUUCUUAUUGUUUAUCUCAGAAAAUCUAUUGAUUUAACAUGUGCAAUGUUCACAGAAACUUGUAGAGGUAUUCAACGUAGUCCAUCAGUAUUUAUUGUUGGUGCAUUAAUUGUAGUAUUUUUCCUUGGUUUCAUUGCUUAUUGGACAAGUUCAUUUAUUUAUUUAUUCAGUAUUCCAGGCUCAACCGUUAAUCCAUUCAAUGACCAUUCAUCACACAGCGGUUCAACAACAUCAAGUGAAGACCUUCAAUCUAGAUUCAACACAAAGAUUAGAAAUUUAAUGUACUUUAUGAUUUUUGCAUUCCUUUGGGCAAGUUCAUUCAUUUCUGCAGUUUUCCAACAUUGUGUUGCUGGUGUCGUUUCAAAUUGGUACUUUUCACGUGAUCCAACUGGUAAAUCAGCUGUUGGUCAAGAAAAUGCAUUCAACUCAUUGGGUCGUGCUUUCACCACUAGCAUUGGUAGUUUAGCUUUUGGUAGUUUAAUCAUUGGUUUCAUCGAAUUUAUGCAAUUCAUGUUACAAGUUUGCAAAAACUCAAAUGCCACCAACAAACUUGUCGUUAUGGUUGUCUCUUGUUUACAAUGCAUUUUAGGUUGCAUCGAAUCUAUUGUUCGUUGGAUUAACAAGUUUGGUUACAUUUAUGUCGCUAUGCACGGUCAUAGUUUCUGCACUUCAACCAGAGAAUGCUUUGAUCUUAUCUCUAGAAACAUGUUUAACGCUGUCAUCAUGGACUUCAUUGGUGGCUUAGUCUUGUUAUUAGGUAAAAUUUUUGGUGCCGCCGCUUCAGCCUUAUUUACCACUGGUAUUCUCUAUGGUAUGGGUAAACAAUUAAAUCCAAUCACAAUUGCUCUCUCUGCCAUCUUUGCUUUCUGUAUCUUUAAUCUCUUUACCCACAUUGUUGGUAUUGGAACAGACACAAUCUUUGUUUGUUACCUUGAAGAUUUAGAAACCAAUAAGGAUGGAAACCUUUACAUCUCACCAGAUCUUCAUGAACUCUUACAAUCAAAAUGUGAAGAGCUCAAUGAAAAAAACAAAUCCUCAAAUGUUUAA